AACCUACCUCAGUCAACACUAUUAAUUCCAAACUUCCUCUUCGUUUUCCUUUGCGAUCUAAUUGAUCGUUGGCUUCAUUUUCAUCCUUCAAUGGCUGCAAAGAAGGUUUUACUCACCAUCAACGGUGAUGCGGUUUCACGAAACAUCGCUUAUCAUUUAGCAAAACGCGGAUGCAGGUUGGUGUUAGUGGGAGACGAGAAGGUCCUCAAGGGCGUUGCGGAUUGGAUCACCAACGAUCUGAAGGAAGUUGCUAUUGAAAUCGUUGGAUUAGAUAUGGAAUCGGAGAGAGAGUCGGUAUUUGAUGAAGCCGUGGAGAAAACCUGGAGUAUUUUGGGGAAAGUGGAUGCUCUAGUAAAUUGCUAUACUUAUGAAGGAAAGAUGCAAGAUCCACUUCAAUUGUCUGAAGCUGAGUUCAAAAAGACUGUUAGAAUAAACUUCAUGGCCCCUUGGUAUCUGAUGAAAGCUGUUGCGAAAAGAAUGAGGGAUAACAAAUCAGGAGGAUCGAUCGUAUUCAUGACCUCGAUAAUUGGUGGUGAGAGAGGAAUAUAUCCAGGUGCAGCUGCAUAUGGUGCUUGUUUGGGUGGAAUUCAUCAGUUAGUCAGAACAUCAGCUAUGGAGGUCGGGAAGCAUCAGAUUAGGGUUAAUGCAAUUGCUCGUGGAUUGCAUUUAGAUGAUGAGUUUCCAGUAUCAGUGGGAAAAGACAGGGCAGAAAAACUGGUGAAGGAUGCAAACCCAUUGAACAGGUGGCUAGACCCGAAGAAUGACCUGGCAUCAACCGUGAUCUACCUGGGAAUCCCCAAUCGGCCCACCAAACAUACAAACCCAUUAUAUGAAAUUAACUAG